GGAAAGGGGCAGUUCCCAGGAAAUUGGUUAAUGAGAGACCAAAAUCAACAAGCGGUGGUGGGCAGCAGGCUGGCCAGGCUGUGCGGCGGGGAUGAAGUGGCUGCUGGGCAUCGCCGUGGCCGUGCUGGCGUUGGCAGCUGCUGGGCAGAGCCCGCUGCAGCGGCGCGUGGUGAAGGAUGUGCUGGACUACUUCCACAGCCGCAGCAACGUCCAGUACCUCUUUAGGGAGCAGUCGGUGGAAGGGGCCAUCGAGAGAGUGGACUCAUCAGGGACGUUCGUCCAGCUGCGCCUUAACCUUGCACAGACAGCAUGCAGGAAGCAGACACAGAGGAGACAGAACUGCAGGAUCAUGGAGAACAGGAGAAAGCCAGCCUGCUUGGCCUGCUACAAGUUUGACAACAGCGAUGUCCCCAAGGUGCUGGAUAAGUACUACAACUGUGGCCCCAGCCACCACUUGGCUGUGAAGGAGAUCAAACACCGUGAUGAGGCUGAGUGCAGGGCUGUGGAGGAGGCUGGCAAGGCGAGUGAUGCCCUCUAUCUGCCUGGCAUGUUUGCUUUCUCCAAGGGGCUGCCAGCCUAGGUGCCCACGCACGCACCCCUGUCCCCUCUUUGCAGUCCAGCAGCCACCACAUCCCCAGCCCAAGAGGAGGAUGCUGACACGGGGCCCCCCAGCCCCCAGCUUGCUGCCCCUCAGCGCUGUGCAGUGAAGGGAAGGUCGUCCCGCAAUGCCCCCCCAGCUCCUGGCAGUGUCUGCAUGCACCAUUAAACCCCAGCUCUGCCUCUGU